AUGAUGCCCCCGCGGGGGGCGACGGGCUCCUGCCGCCGGCGGCGCCUGGCGCCCCUCAACGAGGACAACGGGCGGUUCCUGCUGCUCGCCGCCCUCAUCGCGGCGUACCUGAGCGCCGGCGCCACCGUCUUCUCGGCCCUCGAGAGCCCGUCGGAGGCGGAGGCGCAGCUCCGCUGGAACCGGACCCUGCACAACUUCAGCCGCAUCUUCAACAUCAGCCUGCCGGAGCUGCGCGCCUUCCUGCGGAGCUACGAGGCGGCCAUGGCCGCGGGCAUCCGCGUCGACGCCCUGCGGCCCCGCUGGGACUUCCCCGGCGCCUUCUAUUUCGUGGGCACCGUCGUCUCCACCAUAGGUUUUGGAAUGACCACACCAGCAACUGCGGCUGGAAAGGUAUUCCUCAUCGUUUAUGGCCUUUUUGGGUGUGCCGGGACUAUCCUGUUCUUCAACCUCUUCUUGGAGCGCAUUAUCUCCCUCCUGGCAUUUAUCAUGAAGGCAUGCCAUGAGAGACAGCUGCGAAGAAGUGGUCUCCUACCUCCCAACUUCCGAAGGGGGCCAGCUAUGUCUGGGGUGGGCAGCCUCGUGGGCUGGAAGCCAUCCGUUUACCAUGUGCUGCUGAUUCUGGGAAUAUUUGCUAUUGCCCUUUCCUGCUGUGCCUCCGCGAUGUACACGGCGGUGGAAGGAUGGAACUACAUCGAUUCCUUGUACUAUUGCUUUGUCACCUUCAGCACCAUCGGCUUCGGAGAUUUGGUAAGCAGCCAAAACGCUGCCUACCAAAAUCAGGGAUUAUACAGAUUUGGAAACUUUGUAUUUAUAUUUAUGGGGGUAUGUUGCAUAUACUCUCUUUUUAAUGUCAUUUCAAUUGUAAUCAAGCAAGUUUUGAACUGGGUGUUGAAAAAAUUCGAAUGCAGAUGUUGCCCAAAGUGCCAUAAAUCAAGUACCCGCCUCAGCCGUCGCAACGCCAUCACCCCAGGAGCCCGCCUGCGUCGACACAACAUCUCAGUGGACACUGAUGGACAGUACGACAGUGACACCGAGGGGAGGAGGCUCUCUGGAGAGAUGAUCUCCAUGAGGGAGCUCACGGCAUCGAAUAAAGUCUCCCUGGCCAUUUUGCAAAAGCAGUUGUCCGAGACGGCCAACGGCUACCCGAGGAAUGUUUGUAUCAAUACGAGACAAAACGGUUUCUCUGCAGGGGUGGGUGCUCUAGCCAUCAUGAACAACCGCUUGGCAGAAACAAGUGAUUCUAGGUAGAGUUUUUGAAAUUCCUUUUGUUUCUCUAAUAAAAAUAAAAUGGUGUUUAGGCUGGAAUUAUCAUUGUAAGCUACUGGAAAGUUUUAAAUUCAGACACAGCCUUGGUAUUCAUUGGGCGUUCAGCAUUUUAGUCUCUGGGGGUUUUGUAAGUUUUCUCUAAUAUGCAUUGAGAUAUUUAUCAUCAUGUUACAGUUUUCCCCUGAGGGGCUUUUGGAAGAGACUUGGAUGUCUUUGAUGCAGAAUCUGAUGCAGUUACAGAAGGAUAGUGUGCAUGGUUAGGAUGGUGUCAAAACCAGUGUGUUCUUCUUCAGAACAGAGCCUAAACCCAAACUCUGUGUUAAAAUGCAUUAGGGGGGCAAGUUUGGCUCCGUAUUCAAGCUUGGGCUUGGUAAGGUUUGACUAAACCAGUGUGUCAUGAUUUGUUGAAGUCUGGAUCUGGCCCUGAGCUUUGUGCUUGAUGCUCUUCAUCGUAGCAGGCCUGUAUGUAACACACAUGUAGGUGACUGCGGCUACACCACCUUUAGGAUGUUUGUGCUUCCCUUUAAUAACCCUGACUGACUUCAAUAGUAGAGGAUUGAAUGGGCUGGAUUUCCCUCAUACAAAUGAUGGUUUUUAGCCAGUCUUGUCUGAAAGACUACCUGCCACCUAACUCUUAAAAGUCAGGGGCUUAUCAAGGACCGUAUCAAAGUGUGCAAAACUAUUCCUGCCUACUGAAUAACUGAAAACAGGCAAUUGUCAUCUCCAGUCCUGACUUCAUUUAAUGCAAGAGAAGCCAGUAUGCACCUCUGGUGUCAAAUGUUUGCAUCACCACUGAAAUGCGUAUUUCACUACUUUCACAUUAAAAUAAGUCACUAAAAUGAACGCAGGCUCUCUGUUGUCCUAAAUUUGCAUCUUUUGCUUCUGCAAUAUUGUUGCAGAGAUUCAUGUAAAUUAUUUCCUUGCAGUUUUUUGAGGGCCCCAGCCCUGUACUUGUUUCCCACAAAUCUGAUCGUGUAUACAGAAGAGCAUUGCUUUGGAGUUCCCCCUGAAAGCUGGCUUUCCCCAAAAUGUUGAUAUGAAGUCACAAAUUGACCUUUGGCUGUUGUUACCAUCUUAAGCCGUAUUUAACCUGUACUAGCCCAAAACACUGAGGAACCAGAAGCAAACCUGCUGGUCUAGAGUGUCUAGUUUAGUGUAACAAAUGGGUGCAGAGGAAGUACCGCAAAUCUCUUUCGAAAUAUCUGCACAGCUCUGUGUCAUUUCUCUAAAUGCUCUCUACUACGCUGUGAAGUUAAUAAAAAGGCUUCUACUGAUUCCAGGCAAGAAACAAAACUUAAGCUUAUAGUCUGAGCCACAGUGAUCUGCUCUUGGAAACUUCUUGGGAAGUUGUAGGCAAGACCACGAGUAACUAGGUUGGUCACUGAAUAAAUUAAAGAAGCUGAUGAAAAUAAACUGGGAAUGUUAGAAAUUAUUCAAAGUAUUUCCAUGAAGUUUCAUAUAGGUAUUUUACUCUGUUUUUUUUACUUUGCUUUGCCUGGGUUUGGGGUAGCCAUCAUUUUUUACUUCCUUUAAAUUUGUAGUAGUGCAAAACGUUUUGGAACUUUUAAUUUGAGAUUUUGCACACUUGAGCCUGACAGCUGAAGUAUGGCGAUGAUUGUGUCUUUUUCCUGACGAGAAGGAAUCAGAGCAGCAAAUAAACCAUCACACGUGGAUCUGUAUCACACUAUAAAUGUAGUCACAGCUUUUGUCAAGACGCAUUUGGCCAGAAACUCACAGUGAUGAUUGUGUUCUGUUUCUGCCUGACACAGACUCACAUUUAGGAUUAUGUGGUACAAUAGAGUCAAGAGGCAGGAGCUUUCUUGAUGGUAGAGAGACUUCCCAAGGUCCACGUGCCUUCCUGUGUGUGCACUCGUGCUCUUUGAAGAGGCAGGAAGAGUUCAAAGUGUUUGGUGAUCCUAAUUUGAACCCCAGUGAAGGAUAAAUUCAAGCAAGGUGUGUAGGGGCAGGUCAUGGUCUGGAGAAGACUCAAAGACUGGCUGCAGAAGUGGAAAGACCCAUUUCAGGGAGGUGCCUUUCAGAGAUGUAGGGGACAUCUUUGGAAACAGCAGAGGGGGGGAACCAAAAGAAUGAAAAUUUGUUAUUUUCCCUUGGGAUUACCUCCACGGGUAAAUAACCUUAACUAUGAUGAUUUAUGUGUUUGUUAAUUAAAAGUGUGAAUGGGACCCUGCUCUGUUUUUGCAGCUAGAUUCUCAGGGUUAUAUCUUGGUACGUUUGCCAUCAUGGGGGCUAUUACUCAUUAGAACGGGCCCCACUCUGUGAAGUGUUAUAUGAAUCAAGGCAGAUGGGCUCUAUCCCAAAGGACUGAGGAGUUUGAAUAGAUAGGACCCCAAGCCACAGCAGAAUUUGUUAUUUUGCUCAUAAAAACAUGUGCAAAUGCAUUAACAUUCUGCGAGCUCAAGAACUCUGUGGGAAAAAAAUUUGCAAAUUAAGGUGGGGGGGUUUUCAGUAAGUUGUUUUUAAAGGAUAAAAAUAACUAUGAUUAGGGUCCUGUUUAAAUGUUUGUAAAUUGCUGUCAAAGUACCUAUUCCUGCCUGGGAAAUACAGUGAUGUAAUAUGAAACUGUA